AUGCGGGAGCUCGUCGCCGGCGCCACGGACACCUCGGCCGUGACCGUGGAGUGGGCCAUGUCCGAGCUCCUGAGGAAGCCCCGCGUCCUCGCCAAGGUCACUGGGGAGCUCGACCGUGUGGUCGGCCGCGAAUGCCUAGUCGCAGAGGGCGACAUCUCCAGCCUCCCGUACCUGGAAGCCGUCGUGAAGGAGACCAUGCGGCUCCACCCUGUGUUACCCAUUCUGAUACCGCGGGUGUCUCAUGAGCAAACGUCCGUAGCAGGCUAUGAAAUCCUGGUGGGCACACGCGUGCUCGUCAACGUCUGGGCUAUCGGCCGGGACCCGACUGUGUGGGGGGAGACGGCCGCGGCAUUUCAGCCGGAGCGGUUCCUUGGGAGCAAGGUGGAUGUCAGGGGCCACGGCCUGGAACUGCUACCUUUUGGUGCUGGGCGCAGGAUGUGCCCAGCCCACGGCCUUGGGCUCAAGAUGGUUCAGCUGGUGCUGGCAAACUUACUGCACGGCUAUGCGUGGAGGCUCCCCGACGGCGUGGCGGCUGAGGAGCUGAGCAUGGAGGAGAAGUUUGGCAUAUCUGUGUCUCGCAUGCACCACCUCCACGCUAUCCGUGAGCCCAAGCUUCUGGAUCACCUCUAUUUCGGGCCAUGA